GAAAAAACCGAAAGAUUAGCUUAACUCAAACUUGUUGAGAGGGUUUUAUCUGUUCAAUCCAUUUCCCACCAUUUCUUCAUAUUCCCUCCUGCAGGCUGCAGCUCCCUUCUCCCUCAACCCCCGCGCAUCUUUCUCUCUGACGCGCACACAAAUGACAGCAAUUACUCCUCAAUUUCGAACUCCAUUAAACUUCACUCAACCAUUACACCCAAAUCAUCAUCAUCAGAAUAAUCAGUCUCACUUCAAUCCCCAAAAAUCAACCACUUACCCAACAAAACCCACCUCUCAAAACCCCCCAAAAAUCAGAACUUUCCCCUCGAAGUUAACUUCAAAUGACAAAAAUUCCACAAAAAACACAGGAAAAUGGGAGAGAAAAAAGCAAGGUUUUGUAGACUAUGACAAAGGAGAGCAUCACGUGACUGAGCACGUGAGCGGUUUGAGGCAGGGUGAUAUCCCUAGAAGGUACAGGAUUAAGGUACAAGCUGAUAAGUUCCAGAAGGAUUGGUCCAUUACUCAGGUGGUUCACAAAAUCUUGGCUCUUAAUGGUGGGGAUGAUAUUGAAGGUGUUUUGAAUCAUUGGGUUGGCAGGUUUGCUAGGAAGAAUUAUCCUGUUCUUAUUAAGGAGUUGACUCAGUUGGGUUCUAUUGAGCAUGCAAUUCAUGUCUUCAAUUGGAUGAAAAAUCAGAAGAAUUAUUGUGCACAGAAUGAUAUAUACAAUAUGUUGAUCAGAUUACAUGCCAGGCAUAAUCAUGUAGAUCAGGCGCGUGGCUUAUUUUUUGAGAUGCAAAAGUGGAAGUGCAAGCCAGAUGCUGAAACGUACAAUGCUCUUAUUAAUGCACAUGGAAGAGCUGGUCAAUGGCGUUGGGCAACAAAUAUAAUGGAAGAUAUGCUCCGUGCAGCUAUUCCUCCAAGUCGGUCGACAUAUAAUAACUUGAUCAAUGCUUGUGGAUCUUGUGGUAAUUGGAGAGAGGCUCUUAAAAUCUGCAAACAUAUGACUGAUAAUGGAGUUGGGCCUGACUUGGUAACGCAUAACAUCAUUUUGUCUGCCUACAAAACCGGUGCUCAAUAUUCUAAAGCUUUGUCCUAUUUUGAACUUAUGAAAGGGACAAAUAUUAGGCCCGACACUACAACUCUUAAUAUUCGAAUAUACUGCCUAGCAAAGCUCGGUCUGUAUGAGGAAGCUGUUGGUGUUUUAAAUUCUAUGAGAGAGAAGAAAUCUGAGUUUCGCCCUGAUUUAGUAACAUUUACUAGCAUCAUGCACAUGUACUCCAUUUGUGGGGAGAUUGAGAAUUGCAAGACUUUGUUUGAUAUAAUGCUCGCUGAGGGUUUUAAACCCAACAUUGUGGCUUACAACACUCUGCUGGGUGCAUAUGCCUCUCAAGGGAUGAGUGAAGAAGCAUUAAAAGUGUUUAAUGAGAUGAAGCAAAAAGGUGUCCGUCCAGAUGUUGUGUCUUACACUUCUCUACUUAAUGCCUACGGAAGGUCACAACAACCAAAAAAGGCCAAGGCAACAUUUGACUUGAUGAAGUUACAUAGUUGGAAGCCAAAUAUCAUUAGUUAUAAUGCACUUAUUGACGCCUAUGGUUCAAAUGGUUGUUUAGCCGAGGCAGUAGAAGUGUUGCGCGAAAUGGAAAGGGACGGGAUUCUACCUAAUGUUGUCUCAAUAUCUACUCUUCUGGCAGCUUGUGGUCGCUGUUGUGAGAAGGUGAAAAUUGAUGCAGUACUCUCAGCAGCUGAGAAGCGAGGCAUUGAGUUAAAUUUGGUUGCUUAUAGCACAGCGAUUGGAAGCUAUAUGAAUGUUGGAGAAUUAGAUAAGGCAUUAUCUCUGUAUAAAGUUAUGAAGAAAAAGAAGGUCAAACCAGAUUCUGUCACAUACAAUGUACUGAUUACUGGUUGUUGCAAGAUGUCAAAAUAUGAUCAAGCUAUUAAAUUUCUUGACGAAAUGUCAAAUUUGAACAUUCCUUUCACCAAGGAGGUGUACUCCUCUGCUAUCAGUGCCUAUAGUAAGCAGGGACGACUGAAAGAGGCAGAAUCUAUGUUUAGUCGAAUGAAGAUAGCUGGUUGUCAACUUGAUAUCAUUACAUAUACAAAAAUGAUACACGCCUAUAGUGAAGCUGAGAAGUGGGACAAAGCAUGUGCAACAUUUCAGGAGAUGGAGGCAAAUGAUAUCCAACCUGAUGUUGUUGCCUGUUCAGUUUUGAUGAGAGUAUUUAAUAAAGGAAGUCAACCAGCUAAAGUUCUUAGCUUGCUGGAGUAUAUGAAAGAGAAAAAAAUCCCGACGAGUGAUGCUAUACAUUUUGAAGUCAUAUCUGCCUGUAGCUUGCUACGGGAUUGGGAGACUGCAAUGGGUCUGAUCAAAGUGAUGGAACCUAUGUUCCCUAAACUUUCAACUGGUUUUCUGAAUCACCUGCUGCAAUUUCUUGGAAAAUCUGGGAAAAUGGAGGCAAUGAUGAAGUUGUUUCUUAAGAUAGUAGCAUCAGGUGAACAGAUCAGUUAUUCUACCUACUCAAUUUUAUUGAAAAAUCUUCUGGCGGCUGGAAAUUGGAGAAAGUAUAUCGAGAUUUUGCAGUGGAUGGAAGAAGCAGGACUUCAACCUUCAGUUGCAAUGUACCGUGAUGUGUUGUAUUUUGCUCAAAGAAGCGGUGGCUCUGACCUUGUUGCAGUCAUUCAGGAGCGUAUAGAUUCCUUGAAAAAUAGACCUCAAAACCUGGCUUCACGAAACCAGGUGUGCAGUUCUGCACUUUCAGCAUCAGAGUUGACAGGCGAAUUUGUACUUCAUCCUAAAAUAGCAACUUCAACAUCGGCAUUUUGUUCAUAGUUGUAAUAUGAAAGAUUGUAAAGGAGAUGCUUAGUUGCGGUCUAUUUGUAUAUUUGUUUUGCCUGUAGUCUAUGUUAUGAAGUAUGUUCCAAGUCUGUAUAAAACUUGAGGUGAUUUUUCAUCAUAUAAUUCAUUUUUAUUGCCACCAAAGGCCUAAAACACU